AUGGGGUUUUUCCGCAGAGAUAAAGACAAGAAGAAGCAGCAGCAUCAGCUGGGCCAUCAGCAGCAAAAAUCUCACGACUUCACCGAUCAGCAAUUGUCCAAGUACUCGUCCCAGGUCCAGCAGAACUACCGCAACGUCGUCUCGCCGCCUGGCACCCACAUCCCUACCCGAGCCUCCGCCGCCCUUUUGCAGAGCCUGCCAAAGAACAUUCUCCCUCGCAUCUUCUCCUUCGUCUGCCCCCACACACAAGAUGAGACGUACGAGACGUGCGAGACGAGCGCCAUAUUCGACGCUUGCAUGCUAUGCGACCUGAGAGAUCUGGCCCAUUGCGCGCGCGUUUGCUGGGGAUGGAACAAGGUGGCAAACGCCCUACUGUACCACAGCAUCCGCAUCGACGCCGUCCACUACUGCCCUCGCGAGAUCUACCUGUCGGAGCAGCGCAAGCGCAAGACCUUUUUCAAGCGGAACGCCGACCCUGAAGACACCCCCACCGCUCGCCUGAAGUUGUUGUGCAGGACCUUGCGCGAAGACCCCACGCGCUUCGGUGCCCGGGUUCGCUACUUGAAAGUGCCCUACAUGCUCCGUGAAGCCGCCACAGCCGAUCUCGCCCGCAUCAUCCACGUGCUACCGAAUCUUGUCUACGUCGACCUGCCCGAAGGUCUGUUCGCAGACGAACACGGAUAUGCCACGCUGAGGCUCGAGGUCGAGGCUAGAUGCCGAGAUCUCCGUAAGAUGACCUACCAGGCAGGCGCUGAAGGCAGCUUGUCUAAGCUCGCCCACGGCGGAAUAUGGCAGAACCUCGAGGUCCUCGAACUGAUCAAGAUCAACAUGGACCCGGUCGUUCUGCGACAUGCUCUGGCCAACCUGCCGACACUACGCGCUUUGAAGGUGAUGGGUUCACAAGCCUUCUCGGAUGACAUUUUCGCCCACAACGAAGAGCUGCCUCCUUUCCCGCCCCUAGAGGAAUUGAUCCUCAGCAACACCCCUUCAGUCACCGCCAACGGUUUGGUCGACUACCUGGGCCGCGCCGAUACCCGCAACCAUCUCCUCGUCCUGUCCCUCCUCAAGACAGGCGUUCACCCCGCGACUCUCGCCGAUAUUCUGUCUGCGGCUACGAACCUGCAGACGCUUGCCAUCGAGGCCUCGGUAAGCGAUGCUUUCAAAAGCGGGCCAAGAACGCGGCGGCUCGCGUCAACGUCUCUAGAGUCGCUGCGCUUCGAGAUCACCGCGCACAAGUCGGCGGGCCCCUACUCCAGUGUGACGGCUAGUUACUAUACAUACCUGGCAGCAUCGCUCAGGGGCAACGGCAUGCCAAACCUAAGGUCGGUUUACGUCCUGGACGAGUACUUCCAAGACGAGCUUGAAGGCCUCCCCCGCCCCGCGGCACCGUUCUCGUACGGUGCCAACGCCCGGCCUGGCUCGUCUCACUCGAUGACUUCGCACCGGCCCAUGUCGGGCCUGCCCAGUGGUGGACGCGGCGGCCUGGCACCGCCUAGCAGUGCUGGCAUGGCGAUUCCCCGUCCCUUUGCCGCGACUUCAAACGCUCGUGCCUCGCAGCGCUUCAGCUCUACGAAUCCCUUCGCCGGUACAGGCCCGCUGUCUCACCCUCUGACGAUCUACACCAAGUCGAACGACGCAUUGGACUGGUCGUCGGUGAUGAUCCAGCCUACGCUACCCAAGGGCGGCGGAUCCCACCAUCGCGGAAGCAUGAGCUUUCACGGCGACCGCCCCAUUAGCUCCUACGGCCUUGGCGCUGAUAUCGCGGGCUCUGGAUGGAAUACGGCAGCAGCGAGGAAGAGUAUCAUGGUGGGCAACGGCGCAGGCAUGUUUAUGGCCAUACCGAGCCAGAGCACCGGCGGCAGCAGGGGGAGUGAUGAAGACUUGUGGCCCAGACCCAGCACAGCAAACAACGAAAAGAAGUCGGCCGAUCUCUGGCGGUAA